GAUGGAAUAUGGAAUUACUAUCAAGCCGACGAUUAAGCUGGCUGUUGGCUGUCGGCCCGUUAGCAGGUCAGCUCAGCACACACACAACCUAACAGUCACCUGACAGACAUCGGGCGGUUGAAGUGAAUCCAAGGAAUGUCCAACUGGGCAUUAUGAACACAUUUUCUUUUGAGAUUUGGUACGUCACUUUUAGCCUACUCGCUGUACUUUCAUCGGCUGUCAACUUAUAUCAGCCUUAUACAGAAGACUUAUUCCCCAGAAGAUCAUGUUGCCCUCAAAAAGUAGAAGGUAGAAUCUAUUUCAACGCAAUUCAGAAUUUUUUGGACCCCUAUCUUCCAAUUACAAUAAACGUUCCUGACAUGGUGGCAUUUUUCGGUGAAUAUAUGGGCUCUGUGUAUCAAUAUUUUUUCUCCGGUGGACAAAACCCAUCAACAACACCGAGAAUAUGGGAAGAAUUGUUGCGUGAAGUGGAUGUAAUAAUAUCAGAGUUUUAAUCUUAUUAUUAUUUUUUUUAUUGUUACCUGUUGUAAAGAUAAUAAUAAAUACUUAUAUGUAAUAUAAUUAUUAACCAUAUAAUUAAUUAGAAAUUAAUUUAAUUUAACAACAUUGUCAAUUUAAAUAGUUUACUUGUAAUGCUUGAAAUAUUCUUCAUCUUCAUGCAUAAAAUUUUUCAUAUGUAAUUUGGAAAUGGAUACUUUGUCAAUGUUUACAUGCUUCUGAUUGGAUAAUAGUUAAUAUUAAACAAAUAAAUUAAACUUUUUUCCACUUUGAUGCUACAUUUGCCACAAAGUGAGGACACAUAAAACUAUAUAAAUAUUGUAUUGCAUUUUUGUAUCAAAACCCCCAAAGAAAAACGCUAGUAAUAGUUAAUAAAAUAUACUUGAACUUUAAUUGUGCUAUUUAUUUUAUAUGUACAUAUAUAUUUGACAUAAGGGCUAGUAGUUCACAGCUUAUGGCAAUUAUUCUUUCUUAUUCAUUCUUAUUUUAUUCUUAUUCACUAUACCAAUGAAAUAUAUUGA